UGAAUUUUACUGUCUUGCAGUGCCACACAGAAGGAUGCGUUGAAAGUGAAGCUCAAUCAGCUUCAAUGUCACUUCACGUGGACUCCACAGAAAGAAAACAUCGACUUGGAUGAUAUGAAACAAAGAUUAGAAGAUACAAUACAGACAAGUGUGAAGUAUCAAGCCAGGUGCUACAAUCAAUUGGCUUUUAUAAACUGUCUGCAAGGAAACUGUGAAGAGGCAAUUCAGAAUUUAAAGGAAGCUGAAAGGAUUCUGAGGGAGAGACAUGAAGAUGAAUUUGAGAAAAGGAUCUUGGUCACCUAUGGAAACUAUGUCUGGGUUUAUUAUCACAUGGACCGACUGGAGGAGGCACAGUCCUACCUCGACAAGCUGGAGACUGUCUGUAAACUAUUUCCUGAAGCCUCUCGGUUUACAGCAAUGAUACCUGAGGUUUACGGGGAAAAGGGUUUGUCACUGUUGAAAUCUGCUGGCCAAUAUUAUGAAGAGGCAAAGGAAUGUUUUAAAAAGGCUCUAGAGAAGGAUCCUGACAACAUUGAGUGGAAUGUUGGCUAUGCCACUGUUCUGUAUCGUCUGGAAGCGUUUUCUGGAACCCCUGAGAGUCAUGAACCCACUGAAUCAAUGAAA